AUGAAUACUCAAGAUCCACAAGGUCGAAUAGCAAGAUGGAUUACGAAAUUAUCAUGUUAUAACUUUAAAAUCGAAUAUAUAGAAGGACGUAAAAACAUAACAGCUGACCAGUUAUCUAGAAAAGAUUUAUGUAGUUUAGAAAUCAAAAAGCAAGAAAUUCCAAAAUUAGAAGAGUUAGUAGAAGAAGCACACCACCAAUGUGGACACGGGGGUGUUGCUGUAACCCGUCAAUUUAUUUUGUUACAUUACAUAGUAAGACCAAGUAUGAAAUGA